UCAAGUUCUGAAAUGAAGACGGAAUUUAAAACAUGCGGUAGCUGUGCGGAACCGAUCACCGAUCGCUACAUCUUCGAGGUGAACGGCAGUGCGUGGCACGGGUCCUGCCUGCGCUGCACCGUGUGCUUCUGCCCGCUCGAGCGUCAGGUCUCGUGCUAUCUGCGCGACGGUGACAUGUACUGCAAAUCGGAUUACAUCAAAAAGUUCAAGACGAGCUGUGCCAAGUGUGCCCGCUCGAUAUCGGCCACCGAUUGGGUACGGCGCGCCCGCGAGUACGUGUUCCAUCUGGCGUGCUUUGCGUGUGAUUCCUGCGGCCGGCAGCUAUCGACGGGCGAGCAGUUCGCAAUCUGCGAGGAUCGCGUCCUGUGCAAGACGCACUACAUGGAGCUGAUCGACGACGGGACGACAUCGAGCGAGGAUGGGCUGGAUGCGGACGGGAAUGGGAAGAACAAAACCAAGCGCAUCCGGACGACGUUCACGGAGGAGCAGAUCCAGAUCCUGCAGGCCAACUUCCAGGUGGACAGCAACCCGGAUGGGCAGGAUUUGGAGAGAAUUGCGCUGGCGACGGGGUUGAGCAAGCGGGUGACGCAGGUUUGGUUCCAGAACUCGCGCGCUCGCCAGAAGAAGCACGUGCAUGGUAAGUGUUUCCGUAGGGAUUGAGACAUAUUGUAGUGU